AUGCAGAUUGACGCUCUCUCUGUGUUGUACAUAGUGUUGCUUUCUCUCAGUGUGACUGGGAGUUCUUCCGUCUUGCUGGUUUCUAUAGUAAAAUGGAGACGUCUGAGAGGGCAGGUUCACCUCUUGGUGCAGCUCGCUCUGGCGGACCUGUUGGCUGCUAUCGUCUUGUUGUAUGCUAGCGUCAUGAACAAAGUUCACCAUGACAGUGAUCCUGAAGUCUGCCCUUACCUCCUGCCGCUGUCAAUGACAUUUUAUUUCAUUUCAUUCUUGUUGGCUGUUGUUUACGCCUGGAAGUCGAAGAAUGCUAUCCAGGGGUGGAGGGAAAGAGCAUCAGAUGAUGAUGAAGAUGAACUUGACCAGUACGGGAGAAGAAUCAUAGAGAUUCCUAUGUUUGCCUCUUUGUGGUUUGUCCCACUUGCAUUUUACUUAAUUUAUGUGUGCACUCUUUUGAUCAACUUUGGGAUUAUAAUUCCUGAACAUGAUAGAUAUCAGGAUGGGCCUUUUGACAACGACAGCUCAUAUUGUAGCAGCUGUAUUUUGUUCCUGCAUAUCAGGAAUGACCCUUGCGCCACAUUAGAUUCGGGACACGAUACUUUCAUCAGAGUUUUCCUUGCCGUUAUAGUGAUAAUAGUGAUGUUUUCUUGCUCUGUUAUUUAUUACAAAGUUGGUAAAUGGUAUGAAAGGUACAGGCAGGAAGGGCUCUUCCCGGUGGAGGGAGAUGGACAUUCAAGAAGGCAAUUCAAAAGAGUGUUUUCUACAGCACGAAAUAUCGUUAUGGUUAUAUUAUUCUGCUGGGCACCAGCUCUUCUCCUCCUUCUGCUGUCUCUUUGGACGGAGGUUAAUCAAAACAGCCUAUUUGGACUUUAUGUGAUGCAGGCUGCCUCUGUGUCCCUCCAAGGAUUCCUUAACAGUAUGGUUUAUGCCUGGAGACGACCUAACUUCACCGAAGCUGUUCUUGGAGAGAACACACCCCUUCUAAGAUAUGACCGCAGGGCUUUCUUUGAGGAAUCUUUUGAAAGCUGAAACACAGAUUGCCAUAAGAGAGUAUUGUUAUGCUAUAAUGUUCUGCACUGAUCUCAGGGGGACCAACUGGACACUCAUAUUAUAAACGUCUAGACUGAAACACAAGCUGAAUGUGUCGACUAAAAAUGUCAAAAUGAAUGAAGAAAAGUUAUUGUUUGCAUUUUUUAACUGCAUAUUUUUUGUAACCUUUUAGAAAUGGUUUCAUUCCUAAAUUAAUUAAGACUUGAAUGUAUGCAAAAUAUUUUAUAUUAUAUUUAUUAAC